UUGCAUAAAGGCCAAGCGUUCAUUGUUACGCUGAAGUUGUAAAUUUUGUGAUUUAGGUCCCGGGAACCAUGCGGAUCCAGCGGAAUCUAGUGUUUUGUGCUCUCGGCACGCUCUCCUUGCUCACACUCGUCGCCGGUAAGGCGCUGAUCGAUCAACAAGCCGCCGAAUCACAAGCGAAUAGCGCCACCGUUGCGCAGCAACGAAUUGGCUGGGAUCAUGAUCAACAUGAGGUUCACGAUCAUCACUAUCACGAGCAUCAUCACGAUCCGGGCUUUUGGAAGAAGAAAGUGACCUGGAAGGAGGGAUGGAAAAAGAUUUGGAAGCCGGCGAAAAAACAAAUUUGGAAUCCGUCGUGGAAGCAAAUCUGGAAGCCCGUUUGGGUGCCAGUGAAGGUGCCCGCUUGGAAGGAUAUAAAAGUGCCGGCAUGGAAACAAGUGUGGAAGCCAAUAUGGAAGGAGAUACAGGUGCCCGCGUGGAAGGAGAUACAAGUACCAGAUUGGAAAAAGAUUUGGAAGCCGAUUUGGGUGCCGACGAAAGUGCCAGCAUGGAAGGAUAUACAAGUGCCGGCAUGGAAGCAAAUUUGGGUGCCCGUUUGGAAGGAAAUACAAGUGCCGGCGUGGAAAGAGAUCCAAGUGCCCGACUGGAAGCAAUACUGGACGCCAGAGUGGAUUAAGGUGGGCAUUCCUGGUGAGAAGUAUUUGGGUAAGGAUCCCGAAGGUUGGGAAUACACAAGUCACGACUUAUGGAAGAAGAAGUUAAUCUGGAAAUCGCAUUGGAAAAAGAUUUGGAAGCCAGCGAAGAAACAAAUUUGGGUGCCUAGCAAGAAAUUGGAGUGGAAAGAAGAGUGGAAGCAGAUUUGGAAGCCGGCAAAGAAACAAAUCUGGGUUGACGAUAAGAAAUUAGAAUGGAAAGAGGCGUGGAAACAAAUUUGGAAGCCAGCUAAGAAACUCAUCUGGAUACCAGACAAGAAACUCGAAUGGAAAGAAUCUUGGGUACAAAUAUGGAAACCGGCGAAAAAACAAAUCUGGGUAGAGGAUAAAAAAUUGGAAUGGAAAGAAGCGUGGAAACAGAUUUGGGUACCUGGCUGGAAGGAAAUAUGGGUGCCAGCUUGGAAGAAGAUCUGGCGGCCGGUAAUAAUAUCAGAGUGGUUCCCCACGCCCGAUCAUCAUCAUGAACACCAUCAUGAACAUGUCGAGCAUGGUUGGGAUCGCAAGGAUGUCCAAGCGAAGGGCGGUAGUAAUAAAUUGGUGUGGAAACGCGAUGACAAAGCAACGCAACUCAAGCCAGUCGCCUCAGCCGAUUUUCAGGCAAAAGCAACCGAAGUGAAAGCAUCACCGGCGGUGGGUACACAACCUGUAGCAGCAGCGGCGACAACCGCGCAAGCCCAAGGAUUCAAGUUCCCUGGAGCGUAG